AUGAACACUGGCAUUUACUGGGAUACUGUUCUGAACCAGAACGCUGGGGCGGAUUCGACCGAGAAGUUUACAGUCGUAAAAGUGGACCCGGAAGGUGAUCAUUUCUCUGGUAACAGAGGGAAGACGAGAGUGCAUAUGAAGGUAAAUAACCUUGUAGAUCGGAACACUGAGAUAUAUCGACCUCUGACCAUCGCUGGUUGGGUCGGGUUCGAUUUUCUGGGACGUGGUGAAAAGUACAGCUCUAUGAAGUAUCAUCGGCAAUACUUUGCUGGUCUGGACUGGGACGAUGCGAGCCAGCAGCAUGCAAUAUAG